CCUCCUCCCACGCCCUCGAUACAGCCAACCCAAUUGAGCGCCGCCGACCGCAUAUUCAAUUCACCAUGGCCUCAAUUGUGCGUCCCUCUCUGCUCAGGCAGACCGCCCUGGCUUCUCGAUGGGCCGCUGCCCCCUCCGUCGCGACCCGAGGCGUCUUCAUGAAGCCCAUGGGUGUUGCUGCUUUCCACAACUCUGCCCGACGGAGCGCCAUUCUCCCUCCUGGACCUCAGCGAAUCCAGGGCGGCGUCAACGACCCUGCCCCCGUUCCUGAGCCCAGCGCCGCCCACGGUUCCUACCACUGGUCCUUCGAGCGCCUCCUCGCCGCCGGCCUCGUCCCCCUGACCAUCGCCCCCUUCGCCUCUGGCUCCCUCAACCCCACCCUCGACGCCAUCCUCUGCAGCGUCCUCCUCCUCCACUCCCACAUGGGCUUCCAGCAGGUCGUCAUCGACUACAUCCCCAAGCGCACCUACGCCGGCCUCCGCAAGAUCUUUGACUGGCUGCUCAACAUCGCGACGGUGAUUGUCGGCGUGGGACUGUACGAGUUUGAGACCAACGACGUCGGCAUCACCGAGGCUGUUAAGCGAAUUUGGAAGGCAUAAGGGGAUGAAGUAAAGUGAUGUGAUGGGCGUGUAUGUGUUUGAGGGUGGUGUUACUUGUCGAGCAGGUAAAAAAUGGCUGCAGGCAACUGUAUAGAAAUUUCCUUUGAGUUAAGCAAAGAUUGACGAUUCUUGCACAACAACACACUUGUCCCCCU